AUGCAAAUCCAUUUUCUCACCCUGGGCCUAAUGCUGCCCCUCUUCACAGCAGUAGCCCAAGCAAAUGUGGAAAAAGCCAUCUUCCUCGCUCCCCCAGAAACAACAAUCCCCUCAGAGCAGCCGGACUUCGACGACCUCGGUCUAGAGCGGCUAUCACCUCAAAACCCCAUAGUGCGCACCCGACUCAAUGCAUCAUUCCCAACAACCGACGCCCCAGAUGGCGUGGACUCUUGGUUCUUCCUGGAGAACUUGAACCCAGGUCAGCGGUAUGAACAACCAACAUCCUUCACCCUAAAAACCCACCCCGUCCCCCAAACAAUCUCCAACAAAUCCCUACUGAGCUCCCUAAGCAUCUACACAAACGCAAGACUAGCAACCCUAGACACUGCACUACAAUCAAAUAGCAUCCCAAGACAUGCAAUCAGCCGUCCACGCGGAAGCAACAAGGGCGGAAGCGAUCCGCUAGAUCCGGCGCCGACAACAGACUCAGUUCUGUUCUUGCGGAUCCACGCCGCGGCUGAUUACUUCAGUACUGACGCUGCACUGAUGCGGGAUGUGCCGGCUGUGGCGGUGGAUGUGAUUUUGGAUCCGUUUUUGAUGAAUGUUUUCCCGCGGUCGCUUGUACCGACUGCGUUGUGGAUUGUUGCUGUUGCUUUGCUUGCUGCUGUUGUUUCGAGGUGGGUUUGUGGGGAGGUUGGGAGGGUUGUUGAGGAUGCGCGUGGGCAGAGUGCUCUUGAGGAUAUGAAGAGGAAAUAA